AACCAGAUUUAAAGAGAAAGAGUCCAGUAACGAUGAAGUCGAUUGCGUUUUUGGUAAUUCUUAUAGCUGCUGUUCUUGUAAAUGCAGCCGAGAAAUAUACUACGAAAUACGAUAAUGUUAACAUCGAUGAUAUCCUUAAUAAUAAACGGUUAUUGAAGGGAUAUACAAAUUGUAUUUUGGAUAAAGGACCAUGCAGUCCAGAUGGUGCUGAAUUAAAAACGGUUUUACCUGACGCUUUGGCCACUCACUGUGAAAAAUGCAAUGAAAAACAGAAGGAAGGCAGCAAAAUUGUUUUAAGACAUUUGAUUAAUAAGGAGCCAGCUAUUUUUGAUGAAUUGGAGAAGAUGUAUGACCCCAAAGGAGAGUACAGGAUUAGAUACAAAGAAGAGGCAGCUAAAGAAGGAAUUAAUAUUUAAGUGAUUUGAUGUAACGUUUUAUAUCAUUUUUUUUGUAUUUGAACAUAUUAAUAAAAACAGUUAGUUAUAUAUCUUA